CCGGGCCAUUUCCGGUGCGUUGGCCUCUGUCUGAGUCCGAGGCGCGCGUGUCCCGGUAGUUGCCGUGCGUCCGCCAUGGUCCCGCGGGAGCUCGGUGGCCUCCUGCCCCUGCUGCUCUUCCUGCUCGGCGCCUGCGCGGUGUCCAGCUCCCCCGGGCCGGGCGGGACCUCGCCGCCCCCGGGCACCCCCGCCGUCGCCAACGGGACAGGGCCGGCCGGGAACCACAGCGACAGCGGGGUCCGGGGCCUGGACCUGCUGGGCGGGCGGCUGCCCGCGGUGCAACGGGGCUUCUACGUGCUCAGCGGCCUCUGCGUGCUGGCCGCGCUCUACUUCCUGGUGCGGGCGCUGCGGUUGAAGAAACCUCAGCGGAAGAAGUAUGGUCUCCUUUCAAACUAUGAUGAAAAUAUGGAGUUGGGUUCUCUGGACAGCGAUGAAGACACAGUGUUUGAAACAAGAAAUCUGAGACGGUUCCAUCGGGGGGACUACACGGUGGAAGUGAGCAUCAAUGACUACCUGGAUAUCUACUGCCCUCACUAUGAGGACCCCUUCCCGGUGGACAAGAUGGAGCGGUAUAUCCUGUACAUGGUCAAUUACGAGGGCCACGCUUCCUGCGACCACCGGCAGAAAGGCUUCAAGCGCUGGGAGUGCAACAGGCCCGACUCCCCCAGCGGGCCCCUGAAGUUCUCAGAGAAGUUCCAGCUCUUCACUCCCUUCUCUCUAGGAUUUGAGUUCAGGCCAGGGAACGAGUAUUACUACAUCUCUGCUCCUCCCCUUAACAUGGUGGACAGGCCCUGCUUAAAGCUGAAGGUUUAUGUUCGACCAACGAAUGACUCCCUGUAUGAAUCUCCGGAGCCUAUUUUCACCAGCAAUAACUCCUGCUGCAGCCUCAGGGUCCCGCACCUCAUCCUCGUGGUACCGGUGUUUUGGACUAUUCUCACCUCCUAGCCCCGAGAGGAGAAAACAAAGGAAGAGGGGAGUGGUUUGGCAGGGAAAGGAGGAGAGAGACGGACACACGCAGGAGAAGAGAUGCGUUCUCUCUGCCUCCGGGGAGAAUGAACUCUCUCGAGCCAGCCUUUUGCUUUGUUUUUAAAAAGUUUUCUCUUUUUCACAAUAACCUUUGAACUGCGACUCCUGAGCUGGGAGGUGGGUUGGGCAGGGACACGAACAAGGAUUUUUUUCCUAUCCUGGCCUUAUUCCCAGCUCGGAGAAUUUUUGUUCCUGGCGUGGAUUCACUUGGAAGAAGGCUGCAAAAUUUCUACCAAUGUACAAAAUAACACCCCUGCCCUGCACCCCAGCACUCUGGUUUGGGGGUGGGGGCGGGGAAUGACAAAAUACCAGUGGAAAAGAGCAGUGGGGGGAUCGGCGCUGCUUUCCUGCUUCCGGGAUGGCCCACUUUUCAUGGUGCUGGCGCUCAGCUCACUUUGACCCUCCUUGUAGGACUUUGCUUUUGAAAUUUCUAGACCAAAUAUUAGAAUCCUUAUUUUAUUUUUUUUUAUUUUUUUGAGUGCUUUUCUCGCACUUCUUGAGACUUAGCCACAAAACGAGACCCCCUCCCCCAUCCGUGGUUCAGAAAUCUCCAUGAGCAGCGUUCCCUUCCAAGCCGUCAAGGAAUGCAGGAUCAGGGGCUAGCUUGGGCUUUCCUUCCCAGGUUUUCCGUGAUGCUCAGACCCUGGCUGCAAGCAGGGGAGCUGGUGGCUGGCAAACAAACAAGGUGCCCGGACUCUGGGACGUGCCGGAUGCAGGCCGAGAACGGCAGUGCUUACACUGCAUUGGAGUCUUUCCCAAACUAGCCCAGCUGUUUGCCAUUGCUCGUACCGCUGGACUCAGGGCCACCUGGACAGAGCGGUGCCAAUAUCUUAAUGCUCCUUUCAGGCUUAUGUUUUGGAGGCAGGGGGCCAAGAUGGAAACAGGCCAUCGAAGGCUUUAUGGAGGAGCGCUGACCUGGCUUCGUUGUCAGAACCUUGUGGGACGACUGUACUGUUUUCAUAGAUAUGUGGGUUGUUUCUUUGGGCGGGGGGAGGGUUGGUUUUCUUGUGGGAGGGAUGGGCAGGUAUACACAUAAGCCAGCCAAAUGUAAUUGACCCUGCAAUUGACGUCCUUGGAAAAGCAAGGAGCAACGCCUGCAGAAGGGUUACUGGGCCCAGUGAAGACAGUGGGAGAAUGCGGGGGGAAGGGGGGGUUGCCACUGAGGUCACUGAGAGCAGGAUCAAAAAUCUAGUUUGGGAAAGGGGCAUCUGGAGGUUGAGCAGAAAGGCUUGGGGUGGGGGGUGUUAAUGUCAGGAAUGUAACCAGUCUGGGGUGGGGCUAGAAUUUAGAAGAGGCUCUGGCUGGUUACCACCUCCCCAUGGCGCAAAGGGGAAUUAAGUGGGCAGGGGAUGCAGAGGGAGCCUAGGGCCUUCGGAGGGCAUCUGGGUUGAACUCACUCUUGGGCAGAGCCCUUCCAUGGCUCACGCAAGCCACUAAACUAGGCCGUGCACAGGUGAAGUUCACCCUCCUGGGUUCCCAAAGCUAAAAAUUCCGCCGGUUGACAUCAGCAUCGCUCCACUGACUUACGUCCGUUUACACCAGCUGAGGAUCUGGCCCCAAAUCUUUGCCUAAUACCUUCCUCCUCUCACAUCGCUGACUCCGUACUUGGGUUUUAAUUCGCUCCCAGCACUGACGGCAACGUUUCCCUCUCCCCUCCCUGCUUCCCCCAAGUCCCUUUGAGAAAGCAGUGCCCCUUCCUACAUAACCCCGCUGAUCCAUAGAUUCAUAGGUAGAUAUUUAGGUCAGAAGGGACCAUUGUGAUCAUCUAGUCCGACCUCCUGCACAACGCAGGCUACAGAAUCUCACCCACCACUCCUGCAAAAAACCUCUCACCUAUGUCUGAGCUAUUGAAGUCCUCAAAUCGUGGUUUAAAGACUUCAAGGAGCAGAGAAUCCUCCAGCUAGUGACCCGUGCCCCAUGCUACAGAGGAAGGCGAAAAACCUCCAGGGCCUCUUCCAAUCUGCCCUGGAGGAAAAUUCCUUCCCGACGCCAAAUAUGGCGAUCAGCUAAACCCUGAGCAUAAGGGCAAGAUUCACCAGCCAGAUACUACAGAAAAUUCCCAACACGGAUCCGCGUCACCAGCGCUGCCAUUCCAAUUCCCUCUCCUGUGGCCACUGCUUCUAGACAUGUGGAGCAGAGCAAACCCAUCUGUCUUGUCCUUACCAAGCGCAGCUCAGUGAUCCCCGGCUGUAUUACACAUGCAAGCGAGCUGCUAAUCAGGCUGAGACAGCAGGAAAGAGAAUGGAGCUGACCUGAGGGGGUGGAUCUCUAUGAAGUUUUCCCUGGGCAUCGUUCCUUCCCUUUACGAGUCUCCUUCGAUCCUGCACAUCCUGAUGGCUUGUUCCUCUGUUGCGCUGUUACUCGCUUGGAAUAACUGCUGGCUUGGCUUUCUUUGCUUCCUUCUCCGCUUUCAAAUAAAGCCGCCGAUUGGCCCCACACUUCGGAAUUCAGAUGAUUAGAUGGGGCCCGUUUUGCAAAAUUCAGAUCCCCAUCCAAGGCUGGAUUUCAGCUUCUCCUGUCCUUACAUCCAGGGACAGUCUGUCUGCGUCUAGUGUUUUGGCACAAGCCCAUCUCCUAAUAAAACCCCACUUCCUAAUUUCUGCCCCUUCUCCUGUGCUCCAACCCCUAAUGGAGGCUUUUGGUGACAAAAGGAAGUUACAUUCCAGGGAAUAAGAACUAAGAAAGCGGGACAAGCAAAGGAACAUGGAAGAGGUUGUGGCAGUGGUGGGGGAAAGCGAAUGGCUGAUUCUUCCUUGCACAUACCAGUGCCCAUUAGAGAGGAGUCCAGCGAGGUGCUGGCAGAAUGCUACCGUCUCUCUCCAGGGGAUGCAGUGGGUGGGUUUGGGGUGGGGGAAGAGUCUUUGGCUGGGAAGAAGGGGCUGGGGGUGAGAUUUGCAUCACCUUCUAAAGCAGGAGCCCUGUCUGCAGGUGUCUCCAAUUCUGCCCGGCUCGCCCCGCCAUGAGGGCAGAACUCGAGUCUUCUUCUCCACUCCAGGAAAUAAAGCAUAGAUUUAAAAUCACAAUCCUAAUAAUAGUACAAAAAACGGUCUUUCUACGGAUGUCUUUUUCAAACGCGCACGGAAACCGUCAGUUUCUACAGCAUCUGUCCGUGAGCCCCAGGGACUGAACCAGAGCAGGUCUGGUCCUUCUGUAAAUAUGGCCAGCAGGCGUUAUACUGUGACAGGUUUUUUUUUUAAUGUAUCGUUGAGAAUGAAUUUUAUGGAAGGUUUUAUGUUAAUUUUAUUUUGUUUUUAUUUUUUAGACUAGGAAGCUAAAAACUCGCAAUAAGCUCAUCUUGACUAUCAACAAUUCCAGCUCCGCUUCCCCUCCCUCCCGACCCCCCCAUUGUAUCUAGACCAGGGAACGUUUCUUAAAGGCAGACGAAAGCACCACAUUUAUACAAGCGUCACCCUCCUCCCUGUCCGUAGGGGCCAGGCUUUGCUUCCCUGGCUCAAACCGAGUAGCCUUGCCCCAGCAGUCAGCCAGUGGCGUAAAGAGGGAAGGGAGGAUGGCCUGGCACCCAGGAGACCAGAUUCUGGUGGGACCUUUGGACCGGAUUCAGCAAGCGACGUAAGCACAUGAGUGGUCCUGGAGGCCAGUGGAACUACUCAUGUGCCCGUGUUUAAAUAACGUGCUGACUCAGCUGGGAUUUUCAAAGGAGCCAGAAGGAUUUUAUGUGCCCAGCUCCCAUGGACAGUCAGUGCCUCCUUUAAAAAUUCCAGCCUGAGUCCCCCAGCUGGUAAGAAUACUUCCUUUGUCUAUCUUGUCUGUUGGGGCUCAAUCCUGGACAGACCAGCUAACCCAGAGCCUGCUUUCAGGGCAAGGAGCUUAGACUGUAAACUCGUUGGGGCAGGGACGAUGAAUGUCCAGCAUCUAACACCAUAAGACCCCCAUCUCGGUUGACUCUCGUAAUAUAAAUAAUCUUGGGACUGCAGGUAGUGCCACAGUGGCAAAAUUGGGCCUUUGGUCUGUGGUAUAUAUGUGAUAUAUCUAUAUAUAGUACAGCGACGGUGAGAGAAUAAAGAAAAAGCAAACAAGGAAGCAGCGUUUAAGUGAAGCUCUAAAUUUAAAAAAUGGGUUUUUUUUGUUUGUUUGGGGGGGUUGGUUUGGUCUGGGGGUUUUUGGUUUUCCAUUCGGGGAUGAACCCAUCUUACGGGAACUGUUUUUCGCUUGUGGGUCUCAGCUCAGCCUAGCUUGGUUCUUAGACAUGCAGCUUUCGUUCUCGACGUCGUGCUGAUGGUAAACCCGAUCCCUUCAUCUGGAGUCUGUAUUUUUUUAUAAUAAAAUAAGAAUAAAUGU